UGUGUGUGCCCUUUUGGUUUGCUGUGCUUUUCCGGGAAAGGAGCUUUUUUCUCUCUAUAUAUAUGAAGUUAAAAGAGCCAGAGCAAGAAAACAUGAGCCGCGAACGAGAUCAGACAAAUGCUCCAUAAGUGCGAAGCUGACGCCAGAGAAAAAUGCACAGAUGACGGGAUCCCGCUAUAGUCAAAUCAUGACAAGAGAAAUCGUGAUUGUGCGCCAUCCCGUUUCCGUGUGCGUACCUGUGAACCAUAAGGUGACCCUGCGAGUCCGCGCUGAGGGCACAGGCAUCCUCAAUUACCAGUGGUUCUCUGAGGACGAAAACGCAGUACCUGGUGGCACUGAAUCAAACCUGACAAUUACAGCUACAAAAACCCAGCUUUUUGUGUGCAGAGUGAGUGACCACUUCCUCAACUAUGUGUUCAGUGAAUGGGUAAAGGUGAAGGUGCUGGACAUUAGUAAAUCAGGAUUACCUGUUGACUGGCAGGGAAAUCCGCACAUUGCUAUUAACCCUAAACCUCAAACCAUUCAGCGAGGCUCAAAACUCACUCUCCUCUGUGCUGCCUUUGGCAUCCCCGCCCCUCACUACCAAUGGUACCAAAAUGGACAGCCUUUGCUGGACAAGACAAGUGACACGCUACAGAUUUCCCAUGCAACCUCUGAACACGCAGGAUCAUACCUGUGCUCUGUAUCUAAUGUGCUGGAGGAAAGAUGGACCGAUGCAGUUGAUGUUAACAUUGUGCAACCUGACCAGCUUCCUCCCGCAGUGCUCACAGCUACUGAUAAAGUUGCCCUUCUUAUUGGCAAUCUAAACUAUUCCAACCACCCGGUCUUGAUGGCGCCCCUGAUGGACGUGCGGGAGUUGGCCAACCUGUUGCAGCAGCUUGACUUCAGGGUGGUUUCCUUGCUGGACCUCACCAUGGGGGAGAUGCGGUCUGCUAUAGACAAGUUCCUGCAGCUCCUUGACAGAGGAGUUUAUGGCCUUUUUUACUAUGCUGGUCAUGGGUAUGAACAUGCUGGGAGGAACUACCUAGUAGCUGUUGAUGCUCCACAGCCGUAUCGGCCUGAAAACUGCAUCUGUGUGCAGAGAGUCAUGCACAAAAUGCAGGAAAGGCAGACUGCGCUGAGUGUAAUGCUUCUGGAUACCUGCAGAAAAUGGUACAACCAGAAUUGCAUACCUUCAGCUAUUAUGCCUCUUGGGCCAAGUGGGAACACAGUGUAUGGUUAUGCCACAUGUGAGGAUGCUGAGGCAUUUGAGGUUCAAGAUGGUGGAAAGAGUACUGGAAUCUUCACCAAGUACUUGAACAAACACAUUUUACAGUCAGAAAAAGUCACGCAUGUCUUGGAAAAGGUGUCUGAGGAUCUGGGUAAAGACCCCCUGGUCACGGGAAAACAGGCAGUGGAGAUCAAACACACUCUGAAGGAACCUCGAUCUCUUGCAGAUCAGGUUCGAACCACCGGUCACACCAGAGAGCUACACCUACGAGAUGUGUGUUGGAGGCAAGCGAAUGAACUCCCACGGAAGAAGCAGCUGAUGUUUCUUUGUGGUGUAGAAGUGGAACUGUGUUUCUCCGCUCUAUUCUCAAACGUCCUGGUUGCUUUUGCUACUGUGAAAACCACAGACAGUCGUGUUCAGGACUGCACCAUCACACUAAGCAGCAUACCUCCAAUUGAAGAUAUAUUUUCCAAACCUGGUGGAUCAGAGGAGAUGGACUCACUACUUUUUAAUAAAUCUUAUAACCCAGACUGUUCUCUACGACUUUGCUCUCUUCAGAAGCUAAAGGAGUCAUUGGUCAUUAAGGUGGAUCUUCACUAUACUAACCAGGACAGUAAGCUGCGGCACACAGAAACUCAGCGGGUCAAUAUAGGAAAGCCUCUGGUUGCAUCUUGUGAGCUGUACAGGGGCAAUCAUGUGGCGUCUGACAAAAGACAAAAAGCAACGUCAGCUCGAACUGUGGAGAACAUUUCAAACAGCAAAGCACCAACAAACCAGAGUCUGGCUUGUCAUCCGUUCACUAGAAAGGCAGUGUGUGCUCCAAACCCUGCCACGCCUCGGAGCAACGAACCAGAGGAAAACGAUGAAAAUGAGCUACAAAACUUCUACUAUCCGCCUUAGAUCUGUCUUGUUUUGUUAAUACUAUUCCUAAAUAUGAUGUUUAUUAUCAUUAAUCAUGUAUUUUAUCUUAUUGUUUCUCAACAAAGUACUUUAAACACAUUAGUACUGUAUACAGAUCUUAUUUUAAACUUUAUUAUUCACACUUUUUCUAACUAGUUGUUUACCGGUAAUUUAUAAAAUGAGAAUGUUUCUGUCAAUAAUCUAUGCAAAAAAUUGUAAUUGCUAGUACUGUUACAUUGAUUGUUAGUUUUUUUUUUAAAGAUAUUUCACAUUUUUUGUGGCAAAGCUUUGACUUUUGGAAUGUAAUUUGUGUUCAGAUGGUGCCUCCUGAAUGAUUGUUUAUAAAAGUGGCAAAUGCAGGUUUGCCUAAAUCAUGAAGCUAACAAAUGGGAUCACUUAAUUUGUCGCAUAAUGGGUGUAGUUUUGUUGUUGCUGGUGAACUGUCGCAGAUGCAAUACAGAAAGUCCACAAGAAA